AUGCUUUGUUUGAGAACUAUGGAUAACCAAAAUCUGCUGCUCUCGGUGCAAGACGCCGACCUGGCUAAAUCGGAGCGCGCCAUCUUCGAUGUCCUCCAGGCCACCCUGUGCUUCCCUGCGAACACGCCCGUGAAGGCGGCUAAGCUGGCCGACGACUUUGUCUUCUUCUGCCGGUCCAAGGGCGACAACGAGCCCUCAGCCGCCGCCACCAUCCUCUGGGACGCCUGGUCUGUCCUCAUCGACGUGGCUGCCUGCCUGCCGCCGGGCCAUCCGUGGCAGGCCUGCCUCGUCCAGGCCAUCAAUACCCUCGCGGAAAGGGAUGACACACUGCUCGGGACCAGUAGGGGCCCGCCCUGGAAGGACCUCCCAGACCUGUCCUCGUGUCUCCGGGAGAGAUGGGACGACCCUACCGCCACCGUCGGCGCGCCGGCUGAGGAGUUGAAGUCUUGGCGGAACCUCAACUCGUUUGCCGCCCGGCUCGCGUCGUCGGGUGCCACCGCGCUGCUCCUCCACCUCGCCGUCUGGCAGCUGCGCCGCGCCCUCGAGGAGCCGGCCGUCGAGGGGCCGACCAUGGCGUGUCGUGUCUGGGUCGCGACUGACUGGAUCUCUGAGUGCGCGGCGCUUAUCUACCAGCACCUAGCCUCCGCCCCGGGGGAGCAGCAACGCGUGGACGAGGCCACGGCCAGAGCCCUCCGGACGGGCCCUCUGUGUCCUGACGACACGCCGCCGCUGAGCCACGCGCGUUGGAGCUUCUGGCGCAAGCGCUUCCACGAAUUGGCUAAGGAAGCGGGGAGCCUCAAUUUCGGAGCCGAUCUCUCUGCGCACAUCAUGGACGCCGUGGGGACGAUGGACACAGCCGCGGAGCACGCCGUAUAA